UCAACAUCACCAAAAAAUCAUCAUCAGUUACAUACACCAUCAAACGGGAAAAAAACCGUGCCAAUGGCUGCUGUUUUUUGGUUACUUAUAAUCUGUUCUGUAUAUGUUUCUGACAACGGGAUUGAGUGUUCAGAAACUUUAACUCCUUACCAGGUUUUCAAGAAUGGACAGACUUUAGUCUCUGCCAAUCAGAGAUUUGUGCUCGGAUUUUUCAGCGUUUCUUCAAAAAUGGAUCACAACCAUCGAAUGUGGUACUUGGGUAUAUGGUACAAGGAAAUCAAACCAUUAACAGUAGUAUGGGUUGGUAACAGGAUGAAGUCAUUGCGUGGAUCUAGGAUUAGACUUGUUUUAAACUCUGUUGGAGAUCUAUUGCUUCGGGAUGAUGGGAGAACUGUGGUUUGGGUUUGUAAGGUUGCACAGCCAGCUUCCAGGCCAGAACUGGUGCUUCUGGAUUCAGGCAAUCUUGUUAUUAAAGAUGGUGACAAUUUGUCAGAUGGAGAGUUUGUUUGGCAAAGUUUUGAAUUUCCUACUGAUACAUUGUUACCAGGAAUGAAGCUAGGUUGGGAUUUGAAAGCCGGUUUACAACAUGUUAUGACGUCCUGGAGAUCGUAUGAGGAUCCAUCUAAUGGUGGGUUUGUGUUUAGCUUAAAAUCACCUCAAUCACCUCAAUUGCUACUCGAAAAGAAUGACGUAGCAGUGUCCAGGUGGGGUCCUUGGGAUGGGCAUAGAUUUAGCGGUACUGAUGCUAUCACGGAUAAUCCUGUAUUUAAGUCUGUAUAUCAAUUUAGUUCUGAUGAAGUUUAUUUUACAUAUGAAAUGUUGGAUGACUCUAUUUUACUCAGACUGGUGGUGAAUCCAAUGGGCACCAUACAGUUCUUGAAAUGGAAAAAUAAUGCCCAGGCUUGGGUUCCAUUGGUGACCGUGAAUAAGGAUAUCUGUGACAGGUUUGGAUCGUGUGGCCCUUACGGAAUUUGUUAUGCUGAGGAUCCAGGUUGCAGGUGUCUUAAGGGAUUUGUAGCCAAAUCGCCAAAUGACUGGUGCGGCAUGGACUGUGGUGAUGGCUGUAGGCGGCGCUAUGCUCUAAAUUGCAGUAACGGUGAUGGUUUUGUGAAGUACGAAAGACAGAAAUUGCCUGAUAAUUUCACUGUCUGGAAGAACUUGAGUCCUCAGGAAUGUGAAGAUAAUUGUUUGAAGGAAUGUUUUUGCAUGGCUUACACAAAUAUAAACAUAUAUGGAAAUGGAAGCGAAUGUGUGGUAUGGUUGGGCGACUUGCUUGAUAUUCGGUAUUCCAUUCAUGGUGGAGAUGAGAUUUAUGUACGUAUGGCACAUGGCGAAUUAGAGUCGAUUGCCUAUGCUAAGAGGAAGAAAGAGGCGACCAUGAUUGCCAGCAUUCUUAUAUCAGCAAUUCUUGGGUUGACUGUUUGGUGUGUCGUUGGCUUGUAUAUAUUCAAUUUUAGGGUUCGCAAGAGGCAAGGUAAAACUUUUAUGUUAAGCCAUACUUAUAUCAUUUCACCGUCCAUUUCCCACUAAGAUGACAAGCUAAAUCACAUUAAUACAUUCUUUUUAUUCUAGUGCCAUUUGAGUACCGAUUUUGAUGCUUUAAAAUCUAUCUAUUCUUUAGUUCUAAUUAUUUCCUUUG